ACAAUGCCACUUAAUAUAAUGUUUACAUACCCUACAUUACUCAUCUCAUAUGUAUAUGUAUAUACUGUACUCUAUCAUCUACUGCAUCUUGCCAUCUUUAUGUAAUACAUGUAUCACUAGCCACUUUAAACAAUGCCACUUUAUGUUUACAUACCCUACAUUACUCAUCUCAUAUGUAUAUACCGUACUCUAUACCAUCUACUGCAUCUUGCCUAUGCCGUUCUGUACCAUCACUCAUUCAUAUAUCUUUAUGUACAUAUUCUUAUUCAUUCCUUUACACGUGUGUGUAUAAGGUAGUAGUUGUGGAAUUGUUAGGUUAGAUUACUUGUUGGUUAUUACUGCAUUGUCGGAACUAGAAGCACAAGCAUUUCGCUACACUCACAUUAACAUCUGCUAACCAUGUGUAUGUGACAAAUAACAUGGGAUUUGAUUUGAAAUGUGAUUAUAUUUGAUUUGCCUGGCAGUUAGGCUCUAGGAUCUGUUCUCACUGGCCUGAAGAGUUGCUAGGGGAGGCUUGUGUUGUGGUAACAGGAUAAUGGGUUGAUCUUCCUGGUAGAUAGAGCCAAGAGCUUUCUCUACCUCUAUCAGUGUGCUAGGUUCUACUUGUGAUGUGCUAGGUUCUACCUGUGAUGUGCUAGGUUCUACCAGUGAAGUGCUAGGUUCUACCAGUGAUGUGCUAGGUUCUACCUGUGAUGUGCUAGGUUCUACCUGUGAUGUGCUAGGUUCUACCUGUGAUGUGCUACGUUCUACCGGUGAUGUGCUACGUUCUACCAGUGAUGUGCUAGGUUCUAUCAGUGUGCUACGUUCUAUCAGUGAUGUGCUAGGUUCUAUCAGUGAGGUGCUAGGUUCUACCUGUGAUGUGCUAGAUUCUACCUGUGAGGUGCUAGGUUCUACCAGUGAAGUGCUAGGUUCUACCAGUGAUGUGCUAGGUUCUACCAGUGAUGUGCUAGGUUCUACCUGCGACGUGCUAGGUUCUACCAGUGAAGUGCUAGGUUCUACCAGUGAUGUGCUUGGUUCUAUCAGUGAGGUGCUAGGUUCUACCUGUGAUGUACUAGGUUCUACCUGUGACGUGCUAGGUUCUACCAGUGAAGUGCUAGGUUCUACCAGUGAUGUGCUUGGUUCUAUCAGUGAGGUGCUAGGUUCUACCAGUGAUGUGCUAGGUUCUACCUGUGACGUGCUAGGUUCUACCAGUGAGGUGCUAGUUGUGGCAAUAAUGAUUGAUUGAGAUGUGUGCUGUAUCCCUGCUCCAGUGAAGAACAAGAUAGGAGGUCUCUUCGUCUGCUGUGAAGGUUUACUGACAGCUUUAGGUCAACACUAGGGUAGUCUUUGUUUAUGAGGGAUGGGCAAGUAGCUAGGUAAUUCCAUGGUAAUACUCUUCUCAUAUCUCUACUGUGAGUUUAUAUAACCCUGGUAACCAUUAGCACUUGUACGUACACAGUGAAUUAGAGGCACAUGCAUUACAUACGGUAGAGUUGUUGAACAAGAGCUGGUUAGCGCACCAGAGUGGCUUGGAUUUACCGUGGUGAUGUAACAGAAUCUACCCUGAGAAGAUGAAGAGGUGUUACAGGCCAUGCUCCAGCACUAAGGAUGGUCCCAGUCUACCGUCAUACGAUGCCCUGGCCCGGAUCCUCCCAGACGGUCCCAGUCUACCGUCAUACGAUGCCCUGGCCCGCAUACUCCCAGACAACACCCCUCCAGCUGGGAAAACAGAGGGUCCACAGAGCAACGGCCACAUCAACCAGACGUAUCAGAAACAGAAUCUACACAAAAGAGCUCCUCUCCCUGACUUUGAGGAUGACCUUCAAAACAAAGAAGUGGAGAACUACCGGACAGCGAUGCGUAAGAUGGCGGAUGACGUCAUAGCCCUGAGGACCCAGGUGGUAACCUUGGGGACGGACAACAGCCAACUCCGCAGUGACCUCACGCUGCACCAGGACCUAGGACGCCACCUACUGGACGACGUUGAUGUAGGCGUCAUGACCAAGGCAGAGAUCGCUGACCGGAUAGAUUGUGUUGUGUGUGUAUCUCCAGCCUCUCUGAAGUUUAAGCUGGCCAGUGAGAGCAGCAAGGCUUCAGCUCAGAGAGACAAGAUACAUCAACUACAGAAUGAUCUGAUCAGGAAGAAUGACAGUGAAAAGGAGUUGCUGCGUCUCCAGAGAGCUCACCAGCAGCAACAGACCGUCCUACAGCGAUACCACAGGACUGUCUCCAAGACUGCAGGCCUGGAGACCACCGUUAAACAGCAGGAGAAGAUCAUUGAGAAGAUGGAGAAGCUUCUGGACAACACACUGACAGAGAAGAGCAAGGACAAUGCAGAGAGGAUGGUGAAGAUGAAACCAACAGGUGAGGAGGAUAACAGGAAGGAGACAGCGACAGCAGCAGAGAACAGUCGACUCAGAGGAGAACUGGACAAGAUACGUUCCCAACCUCCACAAGCUGCCAUCACCAUACAACAGCCUGCACAGCAGGUUUUCCCAGACAGAGAGAGGCUGAGUCUGCUCAUUAAGCUGGAGAAGGCAGAGACCAGAGUACGAACACUCGAGAAACAGCUGGAAGAUAACUCUAAGCGAUGGGGCAGACAGAAACAAGACAUGCUGACCAGACUCAGUGAACACCUCUACGGUUUGGAUCGCACGUCGUCCACCAUCGCCCAUGAUCUACCCCCGAAGAGUGUGUCAGAUUCAGUGCUGGAGCGUACCCGACAAAGAGAGCUGAAGCCGGUGAAGAAGUGACCCUACCUCCCAUACUUGACCUCUUACCCCAUACCUCCCGACUACCUGACCUACUCAACAUACUAACAGCCCAGGACAAAGUCAUUCAUUUUCCUAAAAAUAUAUUUUGUUUUUUAGUUAUUAGACAAUAAACAUUUUCCAAAAAUAAAA